UAAAGUUUUGUAUAUAUUUCUUGUUGCAAUAAAAUAUUUGUUUGUACAUUUUAUUUAGAAUUGGUUUUAUUAAUUAAGAUGGAGAAGGUGAUGAGAUUGGCUACAGAAAAGGGUGUGGUGAUUUUCACAAAGAGCUCUUGUUGUUUAUGCUAUGCAGUUAACUUUUUAUUUCAAGAAAUUGGAGUGUACCCUGUGAUUCAUGAAAUUGACAAAGAUCCUGAAGGGAAAGAAAUGGAGAAUGCUAUAAAAAGGUUGGGUUGUAAUGCACCUGUCCCUGCGGUAUUCAUUGGAGGAAAGCUGGUGGGGUCCACCAAUGAAGUAAUGUCCCUCCAUUUAAGGGGCUCACUUGUUCCACUACUAAGGCCACAUAGAGUUUAACAUACUUUAACUAGCUUGGAUAUUUGGAACACAUGCAAAUUAUAUGUUCCUGCUACUAAUUAACUUUGUUGGAAAAAUAAGCAUAGGGCUUCA